AUGUUUUCAGUAGACGCAUUUUUCAGUGACCCUAAGGGAAAACUCAACACUAUAGUAUAUGCUAAAAAGAGUGAAUUGUUGGCUUUGGCAGCUAAGUUUGAAGUAACUGCUAGUUCAAGAGACAGGAAAGAUGACAUAAAAAAUGCCAUUUUAGAAUAUAUUAAAGAGGAGGAAAUUGUAGAAGAACACGAGGCUAGGAAAUUCCUGAGUGCUAAGAAAGAAAGCUCAGACGUUGAGCAUAUGAGGUUAGCCAUACAGUUAGAACAAGUAAAAUUAGAGGCAGAUAAGGAGAGAGAGAGACAAAAGUUAGAAGUAGAGAGACAAAAGUUAGAGAUAGAUAAAGAAAGGAAAAGGUAUGACCUAGAAAUGGAGAAAGCUAGAUUAGAUCAUGAAGCUAGUCUAACUCAGAAUAUGGAAAUUGAAAUUGAGUAG